CGAGGAGAGAGCUCAGCAUUGUCUGUCACCUUCCUUCUACGAGAGAGAGAGAGAUUUUGAAGAUGGGUUUGGUUUUUUGAAUUUAGUUGAUUGUUCUGUUUCUGUCUUCUUCUGUUAAAUCUCGAUUGCUUUCUUUUGCUUAUUUUUCAAAACUCACUAUCAUUUUCAACAUUCAAGAUUCUCCUGAUCUUCUGAGUUUUUUAAUUUUUGAAAAAUGUUUUGACCGUUACAUGUCCUCUUCUCCUUGAGGAGACAAAGCUUUCUGCGUAUCUCCAGUUCUGAAGAGAGAGCAGUGAUAGUGUGUCUUUUUAAAGAUCCAGUUUUUUUUGGAUUUUUCCGUUUCUUAAAAUUCAAUUCUGGGUUGGUGUUUCUUUAGAGAGAUCUAAUCUGAAGUAGUUUUUCAGGGUUUCUAUUUAGAGAGAGAGAGAGAGAGAGAGGGAUUUUAGGAUCAAUAUUUUGUGGGUAUUUCUGUCUCUUAAAAAGUAAAUCUGGGUUGCUGUUUCUUGAGAGAGAUUUGAAGAAAUUUUUCUGGGUUUCCAUUUGGAGAGAGAGAGAGAGAUUUCAGGAUCAAUCUUUGUGGGCUGCUUUCUGCUUCAAAAAGGGAUAAAAUGUGUUGUUUCUGAGACUUAAAGAAGCAGUGGACUUCGCAUUUAUGUUUGCGGUGGUGGCUGUUAAAGGUUAUUUGCUGUGAAUGAUAGUGAAAGCCCUAUCAAUUUGAGCUCUAAUUAUCACUUUGAUCAACGCUGACAAAACCAUGGUAGAAGACAGUGGGCGCAACAAUGUUUUGGUCGAUACCCAAUCCACCGAAGAGUGGUUAUUGAGUGCCCAAGAGCUUGUUCCGAUAGCGCUCGAAAAGGCGAAGGAGGUUAAGGGGUUUCAAGGUAGGUGGAAGAUGAUAAUUUCAAAGCUAGAGCAAAUCCCAUCUCGAUUAUCUGAUUUAUCGAGUCAUCCUUGCUUCGCGAAGAACACUCUAUGUAAAGAGCAAUUGCAAGGAGUUUCAACGACCUUGAACGAAGCAAUUGAAUUGGCCGAGCUAUGCGUGAAAGAGAAAUACGAGGGAAAGCUUCGUAUGCAGAGUGAUCUUGACGCCUUGAUUGGAAAAUUGGAUUUGAAUUUGAGAGAUUGCGGGCUGUUGAUCAAAACAGGGGUUCUUGGCGAGGUCACAUUGCCGCCUUCUUCUGUGAGUUCUUCAUCGGAACCUGAGGCUUUGACUCAUAGCAAUAUUAGGGAAUUGCUUGCUCGGCUUCAAAUCGGACACUUGGAGGCUAAACACCGAGCUCUAGACAACCUUGUUGAGCUCAUGAAAGAGGACGAAAAUAAUGUUUUGGCCGUUCUAGGACGAAGCAAUAUUGCGGCUCUAGUCCAAUUACUCACUGCAACGUCUCCUCGGAUCCGGGAAAAAACUGUCACGGUAAUUUGCUCACUCGCAGAAUCCGGGAGUUGCGAGAAUUGGCUUGUUUCGGAAGGUGUUCUUGCGCCGCUUAUAAGGCUUGUCGAGUCGGGAAGCGCAGUGGGUAAAGAGAAGGCGACAAUCUCGCUCCAAAGGUUGUCGAUGUCGAUUGAAACUGCCCGUUCGAUCGUCGGACACGGUGGGGUCCGACCACUGAUUGAGAUUUGUCAAACCGGGGACUCCGUUUCGCAGGCUGCGGCAGCGUGUACAUUGAAUAACAUAUCGGCCGUUCCGGAAGUUCGCCAAAAUCUCGCUGACGAUGGGAUUAUAAAAGUUAUGAUCAAUCUCCUUGAUUGUGGAAUACUAUUAGGAUCAAAAGAAUACGCGGCCGAGUGCUUACAAAAUCUCACUUCCACAAAUGAAACUCUCCGAAGGACCGUGGUUUCAGAAGGCGGAAUUCGAAGUCUAUUAUUCUAUCUCGAUGGUCCAUUGCCCCAAGAAUCCGCAGUCGGGGCUUUGAGGAACCUCAUUGGCUCAGCUUCCAUUGAUGUUUCGGUUUCACUAGGUGUUCUUCCACGAUUAGUCCAUGUGUUAAAAUCCGGAUCAUUAGGCGCACAGCAAGCUGCUGCGUCAGCAAUUUGUCUGCUCUGCAGCUCGGCAGAGAUGAAAAAACUAGUGUGUGAAGCGGGUUGCGUUCCUCUGCUCGUCAAAAUGCUUGAGGCAAAAUCAAACGGGGCUAGAGAAGUCGCAGCACAAGCAAUUUCAAGCUUGGUGACCCUUUCGCAGAACCGGAGAGAAGUUAAGAAGGAUGACAAGAGCGUGCCAAGUUUGGUUCAAUUGCUCGAUCCGAGCCCUCAAAACAACGCGAAAAAGUAUGCUGUUUCAUGCCUUGGAUCGCUGUCAUCAAGCAAGAAAUGUAAGAAGCUGAUGAUUUCAUAUGGCGCAAUUGGGUAUCUGAAAAAGCUGACAGAAAUGGAAGUCCCUGGUGCAAAGAAGCUGCUCGAGCGGUUGGAGAGAGGUAAGUUGAAAAGUUUGUUCAUCAGAAAAUAGUGCAAGAAAUGUGGAGUUAUUUAUAUAAUGAAGUUUUUAUUUUUAUUCUGUAUAAUUGAUGUUUCAUUAUCUGUAUGAAACAAAGUAUUGAAAACAGUUAAAUCUAUGGAAUCAAUAUUUUGUCAUUUUCAAAUGUAUUAUAAUCCUAUGUUUCUGCUGUAUCA